AUGAAGCAUCCUUCUUCUUCUGAGUUCUGCUGCUGGCUGGACGGCCACUCUAAGCAGAACCUGAAGCAGGUGGAGAAUUACACCAAGCUCACCAAGGGUGCAGAGCAGAAGGAGGAGGACUGUCACCACCUGCAGACCAAGACGGGAGAAUUAGAGUUUGAUCACGGGAAGAAGAAAUUAUUGGAGAGGCAGCUGGUUGAUAUUUGCUCGUUAUUCAUUGUCACAGAUGUGGAGGGCGACUCUCAGUGUCCGGAGGCUCUCACUUUUUCUGAUUCGUCCUUUGGCCAUCCGCCUCCCUUCCAUCGCUAUAGCAACAGCCCCCUCUCCAGCCCCUGCGACCCUUACGGCUCUCCCUCCUCCAGUGGGCCCCUGGGAGCCUCCCACACACACACACAGGGCAGCUCACCCAUCUCGCCCCCCAGCCCGGCGAGCCUCGCCUGGGCUCAGCGCAGCCGACACCAGCCGGCCAGCCUGGCGCUCCGCAAGCAAGAGGAGGAGGAGAGCAAACGCUGCAAGGCUCUAUCUGACAGCUAUGAGCUCUCUACAGACCUCCAGGACAAGAAGGUGGAGAUGCUGGAGAGGAAGUACGGGGGCCCGUUCGUGUCCCGGCGGGCAGCGAAGACGAUCCAGACGGCGUUCAGGCAGUACCGCAUGAACAAGAACUUCGAGAGGCUUCGCAGCUCCGCCUCAGAGAGCAGGAUGACCCGCCGCAUCAUCCUAUCCAACAUGAGGCUGCAGUACUCCUUUGAUGAGCGUCAACCACAGGGUCAGGGACCAGCAGGUCAACAGGGUUCAGAGGAUGCAGGAGAUGUGGACGACUCAUUCUCUAAGCAGGUGAAGUCCUUGGCAGACUCCAUGGACGACUCGCUCACUUGCCAGUCCGGCCGUGAAGACUCACAGGACGCAGGAGGAGAUGGGGAGGAGGAUGAUGAUGAGGACGAGGAGGAGGGAGAUGAAGAAGAAGAGGAGGAGGAGGAAGAAGGGGAAGAGGACGAGGAGGAAGAUGAGGAGGAAGACUACAGACAGUGCGCGUGGCGCAACACCACUACGUCUUCCCGACGUGCUGCAGGCCGGACAGGGGGAGGAGGAGGGAGGGGAGGAGCAGGAGGAGGUGCCUCUAUGCACGAGGACAGCACCGCUACCUCCUUCAGUGAUGUCACCCUGUACAUGGAUGAAGGCUGCCUCCCCUCCUCACCGCUCUCCCGCCCCGCCUCCAGCUCCGAUACAGAGUACUGGGGAGGAGGGGGAGGAGGAAGUGCAGGGGGGAGAGAAGACAGCAGAGAGACAGAGGGAGGCAGCAACACAAGCCGGAGGAGCAGCACACCCUGCACGGAGUGUCGUGGGGAGUACAGAGGGAGGGGUGGAGGAGGAGGACAUCUCCCCGUCCUGACCAUCGAACCGCCCAGCGACAGCUCGGUGGACAUGAGUGACAGGUCAGAGCGAGGGUCUAUCGGACGCCUGGUGUACGAACAGGAGCCAUCGGGAGCCGAGCGGGGAGGAAGUGGGGAAAGGGAACGGAGGGGAGGAGGAGUGGAAGGUGAAAGUGGAGAGGAUGAGCGAGGAGGAGGGGGUGGAGGAAGCAGCGAAGCCGAAUCUCCGCAGGGAACCAUCAAACACAAACCGAACGGGCGCUCGGUCGCCACGGCACAGGGGCAGACUCGCAGCCCCUCGAACUACAGCCAGCAUCACAUAAUGCACAUGCACCACGGACACGGCAGCAGCCCUUACAUGCAACACGCUCACCACUUCGCUCAGCACCACUACCACCACCUGCACCACCAACACCACCACCUUCCUCACGCUUACCCAGAACCCCCUUCUUCCCCGCUACCAUCUCCCGUACCACCCCUCACACCUCUCUCCCCCCUGCCGCCGCCGCUCACGCCGUCACCGCUGUCCUCCUCCUCCUCAGCGCUCCAAAACAUGGAGGCACAACAGCAACACCACGCUCACCUCCCCCACCUCCACCACCACCACCUGCUCUGCUCUGAUGGAGACAACGAGAGUGUCAACUCCACCACCACCAACUCCAACGAUGACACAACGGUCAACAACUGCAGCUCUGGCUCCUCGUCCCGAGACAGCCUCCGGGAGCCAAUCGGAGGAGCCACGCUGGGAAAGCAGACCUAUCAGAGGGAGAGCCGUCACAGCUGGGACUCACCCGCGUUCAACAACGACGUGGUGCAGCGGCGACAGUACCGGAUUGGACUCAACUUAUUCAAUAAGAAGCCGGAGAAGGGGAUCCAGUACCUGAUCGAGAGGGGCUUUGUGUCCGACACACCAGUGGGCAUCGCCAGGUUCAUCCUGGAGAGAAAAGGCCUGAGCAGGCAGAUGAUCGGAGAGUUCCUGGGCAGCCGACAGCAGUUCAAUAAAGACGUCCUUGACUGUGUCCUGGAUGAGAUGGAUUUCUCAGGGAUGGAUCUGGAUGACGCUCUGAGGAAGUUCCAGGCUCAGAUUAAAGUUCAAGGUGAAGCUCAGCGGGUGGAGCGACUGGUGGAGGCCUUCAGUCAGCGGUACUGCGUUUGUAACCCGGUGCUGAUCCGGCAGUUCCAGAAUCCGGACACCAUCUUUAUCCUGGCCUUUGCCAUCAUCCUCCUCAACACGGACAUGUACAGCCCCAACGUGAAGCCGGAGAGGAAGAUGAAGCUGGAGGACUUCAUCAAGAACCUGCGUGGUGUUGAUAACGGUCAGGACAUUCCCCGGGACCUGCUGGUGGCGAUCUAUGGAAGAAUCCAGAAGUGGGAGCUUCGGACCAACGAUGACCACGUGUCCCAGGUCCAGGCGGUGGAGAGGAUGGUGGUCGGCAAGAAGCCUGUGCUGUCCCUGCCUCAUCGCAGGUUGGUGUGUUGCUGUCAGCUGUUCGAGGUUCCUGAUCCAAACAGAGCUCAGAGGAGCGGCGUCCACCAGAGAGAAGUCUUCCUGUUCAACGACCUGCUGAUGGUCACAAAGAUCUUCCAAAAGAAGAAGACGUCGGUGACGUACAGUUUCAGACAAUCAUUUCCUCUGGUCGACAUGCAGGUCCACACUUUCCAAAACACCUACUACCCUCACGGCAUCCGGCUGACAUCGGCGAACCCUGGAGGAGAGAGGAAGGUUCUGAUCGUGUUCAACGCUCCGAGCCAGCAGGACCGAGCGCGCUUCACCUCUGACCUCCGAGAGAGCAUCGCAGAGGUCCAGGAAAUGGAGAAGUACAGGGUGGAGUCUGAGCUCGAGAAGCAGAAAGGUGUGAUGCGUCCUGGGAUGUUGACAGGGGGAGGACCAGGAGGCAUGGGCACUCAAGGAGGCGGGGCAAGCUCCGGGGGAGGAACCUUAAAGAGCGAGGUGGUGAAUGGCACCCUGGGAAGGCCGAGCCUCGAUGACACGUACGCCUCGGUGGACGGACUCAAGCGCACGGCACUCAGCUCGUCUCUCAGAGACCUCUCGGAGACAGGGAAGCGAGGUCGUAGAAACAGUGUGGGCUCAUUGGACAGUACCAUUGAAGGUUCCAUUAUUAGCAGCCCUCGGCCUCACCAGCAGCGCCCUCUGCCUGAUGGAGGUCUUUGCUACAGCCCAAUGAUGGUUCCUUCGUCUCCAGCAGCUUACCGGCCGCACCGCCCUACUCAGAGCCCCGGUACGGGGGUGGGGGGUGGGCCGGGGCUCUGUCACAACCAGGGAGGGGUCACCACCUCCCCACUCGUGAGCGGGGGAGGGGCUGGGGGCGGCGGAGGGAUGCCGCCAGGGGGCGGGCCGACUGGCGGAGGCCGGCUGGGGAACUUCUUCGGCAGCCGCAGAGGCAAAGUUCCUGGUCCCCUGACGAUGACCUCACCCCCUCCACAGGGUCCCCCGAGUCCCCUGAUGAUAUCAUCACCCCCCCACUACCCCGCCCCCGCCCCUCCCAUCCCCCACCCAUCCUCCCCUUCCCCAUGCCCCUCCCCAUCGCCCAACCUCGGGCAGUCGGACUCGGGAGGAGUUGGAGGGGCAGGAGGUACGGGAGGGGGACACUCCAAGCUCCAAGCUUUGCACGCCCAGUAUUGCCACGCCAACAGUGGAGGAGGCGGAGCCAGUGUUACUGGGCACCAGCAGCAGCAGACACCACCCCCACCUUACCAUCACCAUCAUCGUUAUCACAUGCAGAGCGUCCCGCAGCACCACAUCCUUUCGCACAGGUUCUCCGCACCCCGACGGCAAGGCCCGUCCGGCUGCGCUCCCUCUCAUACCCAGCAGCUUCAGAGGAUGCAGCAUGGCGCCAUUCAGCACCCCCGCUACAACAUGGUGUCAGGCUUCACCACGCCCCCACCGCUGUCCCCGCACUCCCCCCGGGGAGGCCAGGUGGAGGCACCAAACUCCCACUGA